GUACGUGACGUCACACAAUCAUGUGGCACCCAGGAAGAUGUACAACUUAAGUGAUAAACAUUCCCUUUUAUUAAAUAAUAUCGAAAAAUUUAUAAAAGUUCCUACAUUGCAUGAUAAUAAAGCGUGUUUAACAAACGUUAGCAGAGUAGCAGGUGUUCAAAACAUGGUCAAUUAUAGGCCUACUCUCUUUUGAAAAUCGUACACCUGUAGCACAAAUGCUAGCGUUGCCGCCACUGAUCUGGUUGCAGCUUGUUUCUGAAUUGGGGUGCUAGGAGAUGUAAAGAAUAUCUUCCUUCCGAGCAUCCGGCAAUGGAAUGCAUUUAGGGUCAGAGGUUGGAGAUAUUAUGUAGGAAUAUCCCAAAUCCGACUUGAAUGGAACCCAGCAUUACCGACCUGCCAGUUUGUGAUUUAGAAUAGUGGCUUAGAGGAAAUGUAGUUCGUAUAUAAUUUAAUGAACUCCUGAAUGGCCACUAAAAACUACAUUUCCCUUCAGCCCCUUAAAACGCAGGUGCAACGUCAACUUUUUGCCUCGUGGGGAAAAUAGUGGUGACCUCCGAAUUAUCCGAGCAGUGAGAGAGCCGCUGUUAUUCUGAAGCAUCUUAAAAUGGCAGAGCCUAUUAGAGUACUGAUCACUGGCGCUGCAGGGCAGAUCGCCUAUUCGCUUCUUUACAGCAUUGCCAAGGGAGAUGUCUUCGGCAAAGAUCAGCCUCUCAUUAUGGUUCUGUUGGACAUCACGCCCAUGUUGCCAGUCCUGGAUGGUGUGGUUAUGGAGCUGCAGGACUGUGCUCUCCCGCUUCUGAGAGAGGCCAUCCCUACUGAUAAAGAGGAUGUUGCAUUCAAAGAUUUGGAUGCUGCCAUCCUGGUGGGGUCCAUGCCAAGGAGAGAUGGCAUGGAGAGGAAGGACCUGCUGAAGGCCAAUGUUGCCAUCUUUAAGGCCCAGGGGGUGGCGCUUGAGAAGUAUGCCAAGAAGACAAUCAAGGUUCUGGUUGUUGGUAACCCAGCUAAUACCAACUGUCUGAUUGCAGCCAAAUCGGCCCCUUCCAUCCCCAAAGAGAAUUUCUCCUGUUUGACACGUCUUGAUCACAACAGGGCUUGUUCUCAGGUGGCAAUGCAUUGUGGCAUUUCUGCAAGCAGUGUGAAGAAUGUGAUCAUCUGGGGAAAUCACUCCUCUACACAGUACCCAGAUGUCCAUCACUGCAUGGUGAAUGUGCAGGGGAAGGACGUGACGGCCUUUGAUGCAGUGAAAGAUGAUGCCUGGCUGAAGGGGGAGUUCAUUUCUACAGUGCAGCAGCGUGGUGCUGCAGUCAUUAAGGCCAGGAAGCUCUCUAGUGCCAUGUCAGCUGCCAAGGCCAUCUGUGACCACAUGAGAGACAUUUGGACCGGCACUCCUGAGGGUGAGUUCAUCUCUAUGGGUGUCUAUUCCAAUGGAAACUGUUACGGAGUACCAGAGGACCUCAUUUACUCAUUCCCUGUUGCAAUCAAGGAUAAGACCUGGAAGAUUGUUGAUGGGCUGGCCAUCAAUGACUUCUCAAGAGCCAAGAUGGAUGAAACAGCAGCGGAAUUAGUGGAGGAAAGAGACACCGCUGUCUCUUUCCUUGGUGUUUGACUAGAAACCCAACCAUCUACACCACACUUGGAUACCCAGAAAACUCCAGAAGCAUGGCUGUAAAACACUCCAUCUUUGUUUUCCUCCCUAAAACUCUGUAAAACAACUUCUAGAACUUUCUGGGCUAGAAUUCCUAAAUUAUUGCCAAGAGAGCUAAGCUUGGUUAAAUUUAGAAUGCUGACUGAAAAAUUCUAAUCUUGUUCUCACUGUGCCGCAAGGACUUUUCCUUUUUUGUUUUCCUUCCUGUUUUUGAUCCUCCACCUGUGUACUGCUCUCAUGUAAGGACACAAAAAAUAGCAAGUAGGUAUAGCUGCAGGCCGAAGACCUCCAAAUGGGGUCGGAAUCUCAAAAAGGACAGGGUUACUCGAAAAGGGGGUGGGGUUACUCUAAAGAGAUGUUGUGCCAACUCCAAAAGGUGUUAGGGAAAGGGGUAAUGUUAGGGGUUCCCUAUAUUUUUAAUGGUGAUUUGGAGUUCACGCCCCUUUUUGGAGUUAUGCCUGCAGCUACACCAUUCUCAAAAAUAGUCUAAAACAAGUCAGUAUCUAUACUGCCCUUUCUAAUCCAACUCAUAGAGGAGCUGCAUAAAAGAGGGCCAAAGCCUGGAAAGGACUCUGAGUAUAUGAUUUAGACCAUUCUGUGUCAUUAUCCAACAAUUACAUUGAAAUCUCAACUGUUACAUGUCCAAGAGUUUGCUGAUAUUUAUGGAGGAAUGUUUCAUGUGUCAAUAAAAGUGCUAUGGCAGAAUCCAUUAAUAAA